CUUGCCUUACUGGAACCUUGUUUCUCCUACCGUUCCUUUUCCCUCAGCCGUUCCUUUUGUCUUCAUCAACUCUCCCUCCCCAGCCCCAGACGGGGUCAUAAUGUGAGAGGGGGGACUAUGUGGGGGCAGGUCAGAGCCGUCAGGUACCGAGAGACCGACUUCUAGAUUUGCUAGUUUCUCACAUACCACUUUGUCAAGUAUUCAAGGGAGUUUGGGCUGACCAGGGAAGCACAGAACAUAGAGUGGUCAAAGCAGAUUUGCAGUCCUGGUGAUUCCUCUGUAUGAUUCUGUGAAAUGUCAUUUAAGUCACCUGGACCUCAGUCUCCUCAAAAUUGAGUGUAGAUUCUGGAGAAAUUUUGCCUCCGCUGGAGUCUGCACUGCGAGGCAGCAGAACUGUGAGCUAGAGUGAAGCAGAAAUCUAGGAAUAUGACCUCCAUGAUGGCCAUGGGUGAACCAAUGCUGAACUGGGAUGUUUCCUCAAAAAAUGGCCUUAAGACAUUUUUCUCUCGAGAAAAUUAUAAAGACCAUUCCAUGGCUCCAAGUUUAAAAGAACUUUGUGUUUUAUCUAACAGACGUAUAGGAGAAAAUUUGAAUGCAUCAGCAAGUUCUGUAGAAAAUGAGCCGGCAGUUAGUUCAGCAACUCAAGCAAAGGAAAAAGUUAAAACCACAGUUGGAAUGGUUCUUCUUCCAAAACCAAGAGUUCCUUAUCCUCGUUUCUCUCGUUUCUCACAGAGAGAGCAGAGGAGUUAUGUGGACUUGUUGGUUAAAUACGCAAAAAUUCCUGCAAAUUCUAAAGCUGUUGGAAUAAAUAAAAAUGACUACUUGCAGUACUUGGAUAUGAAAAAACAUGUGAAUGAAGAAGUUACUGAAUUCCUAAAGUUUUUGCAGAAUUCUGCAAAGAAAUGUGCACAGGAUUAUAACAUGCUUUCUGAUGAUGCUCGUCUCUUCACGGAGCAAAUUUUAAGAGCUUGUAUUGAACAAGUGAAAAAGUAUCCAGAGUUCUAUACUCUUCAUGAAGUCACGAGCUUAAUGGGAUUCUUCCCAUUCAGAAUAGAGAUGGGAUUAAAGUUAGAAAAAACUCUUCUCGCAUUGGGCAGUGUAAAAUAUGUGAAAACUGUAUUUCCCUCAAUGCCUGUGAAGUUGCAGCUCUCAAAAGAUAACAUAUCUACCACUGAGACACCAGAAAAAACAGCUGCAGCUAUGCAUUAUGAUAUUAGUAAAGAUCCAAAUGCAGAGAAGCUUGUUUCAAGAUAUCACCCUCAGAUAGCUCUAACCAGUCAAUCAUUAUUUACAUUAUUAAAUAAUCAUGGACCAAACUACAAGGAACAGUGGGAAAUUCCUGUGUGUAUUCAAGUAAUACCCGUUGCAGGUUCAAAACCAGUUAAAGUAAUUUAUAUUAAUUCACCACUUCCCCAAAAGAAAAUGACAAUGAGAGAGAGAAAUCAAAUCUUCCAUGAAGUUCCAUUAAAAUUCAUGAUGUCCAAAAACACAUCUGUUCCAGUCUCUGCAGUAUUUAUGGACAAACCAGAAGAUUAUAUGUCUGAAAUGGAAUCCAUCUUUGGAAAUACCCCUUGGAUUCUUGGGAGGGAAAAGAUGUCUUAUGAAGUUAAUGAGUGCCGAAAAAUUGAGACCCUUGAAAAUUUGGACCUGGAUUUUGAUGGUGACGUCACAGAACUUGAAACUUUUGGAGUAAACACCACCAAACCAUCAAAGUCACCGAGUCCAGCAAGCACUUCCACAGUAUCCAACACAACAGAUACUCCCACAGCUCCCAGCACAGCAGCCACAUCUGUGAUACCAACCGCACCAGACAUUUCUGCUCAUUCUAGAAGUUUAUCUCAAAUUCUGAUGGAACAGUUGCAGAAGGAGAAACAGCUGGUGACUGGUAUGGAUGGUGGCCCUGAAGAGUGCAAAAAUAAAGAUGAUCAGGGAUUUGUACCAUGUGAUGAAAAGGCAUCAAAUUCUGACAAGUUUUUGAUGCAGGAUAAUGACUUGAAAACAUCUGAUUCCUUACAGUUAGAAAAUUCUACAGAAGUUGAAACCUCUCAUAAAAAUGAUUCGGCUACUGAUAUGGUAUAUGCCCCUGAAAAACUAAAUGUUCUGGAGAACUCAGACAAUUCAAAGGAAAAGACUGUUACCUCAGAAGCAGUAAGAAGUGAAGAUGUAAUUCUUUGCAAUAGUGAUACAGAUGAAGACUGUUUAAUCAUUGAUACAGAGUGUCAAAAUAAUAGUAAUGGAAAGACAACUGAUAUGAAUUCUAAUUUAAGUUCUAAACCAGCAAGCCCCAAUUCUUCUUCAGCACAGGCUUCUGUAGGAAACCAGACUAAUGCUACUUGUAGUCCUGAAGAGUCAUGUGUUUUAAAAAAACCUAUCAAACGAGUAUAUAAAAAAUUUGAUCCAGUUGGAGAAAUUUUAAAAAUGCAGGAUGAACUCCUAAAGCCAAUUUCCAGAAAAAUACCUGAAUUGCCCUUAAUGAAUUUGGAAAAUUCUAAACAACCUCCUGCUUCUGAGCAAUCCUCUGCUCCUUCAGAUGCCUCUAGUUGGCCAAAAUCUGUAUGGCCUUCUGCGUUUCAGAAGCCAAAAGGACGAUUGCCGUAUGAACUACAGGACUAUGUUGAAGAUACAUCAGAAUAUGUAGCUCCUCAGGAAGGAAAUUUUGUUUACAAGUUAUUUAGCCUACAAGACCUAUUGUUACUUGUGCGAUGCAGUGUCCAGAGGAUAGAGACGAGACCACGUUCUAAAAAACGGAAGAAAAUCAGAAGACAAUUUCCAGUUUAUGUACUACCAAAAGUGGAAUAUCAAGCUUGUUACGGAGUUGAAGCUCUGACUGAAAGUGAACUUUGUCGCUUAUGGACUGAAAGUUUAUUGCAUUCCAACUGUUCAUUUUAUGUUGGGCAUAUCGAUGCAUUUACUUCAAAACUUUUUCUGUUAGAAGAAAUUACCUCAGAAGAAUUAAAAGAAAAACUUUCAGCACUCAAGAUUUCAAGUUUAUUUAACAUCCUCCAACACAUUCUAAAGAAAUUGAGUAGCUUGCAGGAGGGUUCCUACUUGUUGUCUCAUGCAGCGGAAGAUUCUUCACUCCUGAUCUACAAGACCUCUGAUGGAAAAGUUACUAGGACAGCCUACAAUUUGCAUAAAACACAUUGCGGCCUUCCUGGUGUGCCUUCUAGUCUCUCAGUUCCCUGGGUCCCUUUAGAUCCCAGUCUGUUAUUACCGUAUCAUAUCCAUCAUGGAAGAAUACCUUGUACUUUUCCACCUAAAUCACUAGGUCCCACACCACAACAAAAGGUUGGUGGAACAAGAGUGCCUACACGCAGCCGUAGGAAUCCAGUUUCCAUGGAAACAAAAAGUCUGCCUGCUCAGCAAGUUGAAAAUGAAGGAGAAGCUCCCAAUAAAAGAAAAAUAACUUAAGGACUCUACUAUGGAAAAUGAGGAAAAACUAGUUGUAACAACGUUCAAUUUAGAAAAGUUUGAGAGGAAAUAUGCCUAGAAGAUCAGUGGACAAGAUGAACAUUUUAGUGUCCUUGAGAGUUCUUAGAGUGCCUUGAAAAAAUAUAUUGGCUAUGUGAAGGAAUGUUUCAGCUAAAAUGGAGUGUUAUACUCUUAACACUUGAUGUUUGAGGAGAAUCCAGUUAUGUUUUAACAUUAUCAUGGCAGGGAAACAUAGAGAAGAGAAAUAUUUUUAUAGUAGACCUUUUCCAAAAACUGUUAAAUAGGAAAAUAAUUUGCUUUUUUCAAGAGCAAUAUUUAUCAUUGUGUAUUAUGUUAGCAAUUUGAAUUAUAUCACCAGUCUGUUGAGAUUGGCUCAAAAGGUUGAAUCUUGCCACUAUCAGAGAUAAUUUUGAGCCAAUGUAAACCUUGCUUCUGACCCAUUGUGACAGUUUUUAUAUACUAUUUUAAAACGAUGAUUGUUGGAAGUUAAUAAAGUUAACAUCUUUUAAAACUUGAUGAAAUUCCAUUGCACAAGCCAAAAAUUAAAAUUAAAAAUAAAAAAGUUCAUGCUCCUGAAAAGCCACAAGUUAACAAUUUCUUGUUGGUCAACCAUCAGUUUUUUAAAAAAACAAACCUUCUGCGGUGUUACAGGUUUGGUGAUAGAUCCCUCUAUCUCUUGGCACAAAUUUCAGCUGAGUGUUGAAAUAAUGCUACUGAAAGCAGAUGUGUUUUCCAGAAAAAUCUCAUCAUUUCAACUGACAAGGUUAACGUGUUAAAAAAUAAGCUAUUUUUUUCUCAUCUGUACUGAUUAAAUUUCCUAGGACCACAUAGCUGAAUUUGGAAAGCUUAUCAUCACCUGAUGUUACUGUAGCCAAUUUGGACUUAAGAAGGAAUGGACUUAUUUAAUUUUUGUGUCUUUGUCCUUUAAUGUGCAUUAAAAGUUUCAGAAAUA